GAACGGAUCUGUUAAAACCAGUAAUGCUCAUGUAGGUACCUUGGUACCUGCAUGAACAUUUUAGCUGAUGUAAUGCUAGGUAUAUGUGUGCUGUAUUGUAUGAUAGCUAAUGUACCUAAAUAGGUAAUGAAACACUUGGGGGUCAGAUGAGUGUACCUAUUGUCUUACACUUUAAAAGCACCACGUGCCCAAUUUUCGGCUUUCAACAAGCAUUUCUUGGCAUUGGUACUGACUGAUGGUUUAUAUAGCCUUGGUACUCAUACUGACUAUGACAAUGACUGGAUUAAAAGAGGGCAUUUCUUGGCUUAAGCAACACUCCUGCUAGUCAACAUAGUAUAGGCUCAUUUUGACAUAUUGUGUUGUACAGGGCACAUUUUUUAAAGUAUAUUUGACAUGAAUGUUUGCAUGGACAGAUUGACAGAGCCAGAACCCAUCCUGACCAGAACUUGUUGUGCAGACCAGAACUUCCACCACUCUGAUCCAAUUAUGCAUUUAUUGUAUGUAUGUAUGUAUGUAUUGACGAUCAAGAGCAAUCCACAAUCGGCGUGGCGAUUACACUCCAAGAAAUUGGCAAGAAAGUAUUGGCAAGAAAGUAUUGGCAAGAAAGUAUUUAUGUGCUAAAGGCGGUGAUACCUGAAGCACCAAUCGCUCACGGUGGCGCCGCCCGAGGCCAUGUCUGGCAAGAUCAGCCGGUCCCUGUCGACGGCGCCGGCGGGCCCCGGCGGCGGUGACGGUGACGCGGCCGCCGAGCGAGAGCCGGCGCCCAAACGGCAGCACUCGCCCUCCUCCUCGCCGCUGCAGGUGUUUGUCAAGGCCAAGAAGCGCAUCAACGACAUCUACGACAGCAUCGACGGCUACGUCCUGGAUGUGGUGCGCUUCGUCAACAAUAUUCCUACGGACAAGGAUCUGCUGACGGCUGAUCAGGCAGAGAACAUCCAGGCCUUGCAGAAGAAGGUCAAAGGCAUCAAGGAGGUGCUGGCCCGAAACCACAUGAAGGUCGCCUUCUUUGGCAGAACGAGCAACGGCAAGAGUUCAGUGAUCAACGCCAUGCUGCGGGACAAGGUGCUGCCGAGCGGGAUGGGCCACACGACACACUGCUUCCUCCAGGUGGAGGGCGUCGACGGCGACGAGGCGUUCCUCACCGUCGGAGACGACGGACAGAGGCGCAGCGUCGAGUCGGUGGCUCAGCUCGGUCACGCGCUGCACAAGGAGAAGCUGGACGAGUCGGCCGUGGUGUACGUGCACUGGCCCAAACAGCGCUGCCACCUGCUCAGGGAUGACGUGGUGUUCGUCGACUCACCCGGCAUUGACGUCACCCAGGGCCUGGACGCCUGGAUCGACGCCCACUGCCUGGACGCCGAUGUCUUUGUGCUGGUAGCGAACGCCGAGUCCACGCUCAUGCAGACGGAGAAGAAUUUUUUCCACAAGGUGUCUGAGCGACUGUCGAGUCCGAACAUUUUCAUCCUGCAGAACCGCUGGGAUCAGACGGCCAACGAGCCAGAGUUUGUGGAGGGCUCUGAGUCCGUUCCGGAAGUGUCGGUGGUCCGCCAGCAGCACCUGGAGCGUACGGUGGCCUUCCUGGUGGACGAGCUCGGUGUGAUGACGCGCGCGCAGGCCGAGAAGCGCGUCUUCUUUGUGUCGGCCAAGGAGUGUCUGCUGCAGAGACUGGCCGAGAGUCGCGCGCCCGGCGCACUGCCGCCGGUGCUGGCAGAGGGCUUCCAGAGCCGGUUCUUCGAGUUCCAGGAGUUUGAGCGGCGGUUCGAGGAGUGCAUCUCCAAGUCGGCGGUACAGACCAAAUUUGAACAGCACACACAGCGCGGCAAAUCCAUCGCCAGCGACCUUCAGACGGCGCUAUCGGGCUUAUAUGACCGUGCCCAGGCAAUCCGUGCUGAAAAGGCCACCAAACGCUCCAAGACCAAGGCACGCAUUGAGAGCACGGAUCAGCAGCUCAACGCACUCAUAGAGUCCAUGAAGGACAAAAUCUACGCCAUGACCGACGACGUAGAAAGAAAGGUGGCGGUGGCGCUGGGUGAGGAGAUCCGCCGUCUGUCGGCGCUGGUGGACGCGUUCUCCGCCCCGUUCCACCCAGAUCCGCUGGUGAUCAGUGUCUACAAGCGUGAGCUGCACGCGCACGUGGAAGCCGGCCUGGGCAGUAACCUGAAGAGCCGCCUGAGUGACGCGGUGGCUACCAACAUCCAGAGCAACCAGGCCGAGAUGACCGAGCGGAUGACCCAGCUGGUACCUGAGGAGAAGCGUCAUCUGGUCAACUCCCUGCUGCCGCCGCGCCGUGAGCCGUUCCAGGUGCUCUACCGCAUCAACUGCGACAACCUCUGCUCCGACUUCCAGGAGGACAUUCAGUUCCGGUUCACCUUGGGUGUCACGUCGCUGGUCCGUCGGUACCUGGGCAGCGCCCAGCACGGCCUCUCCAUGCUGGGACUCAUCGAUCAGCCGACGCGCAGUAUCCCUGCCACGCCCCGUACCCCGGAGCCGGACAAGGCCGGCGGCGCGGCCGGAGAUGACCUGGCGCUCAUUAGACGGCUGGCUGUGUCCACCGUGGGCUCGCAGGGAGCCGUGGCCGGCGUCCUGGUGGCCGGAUUCCUGUUGCGGAUGGUCGGCUGGCGGCUGAUCGCCGUCACCGCCGGCGUAUACGGCUCCCUGUACGUCUACGAGCGGCUCACCUACACCAACCAGGCCCGCGAGCGGCGCUUCAAGCGCCAGUACGUCGAGCACGCCACGCGCAAACUGCGGCUGAUCGUCGACCUGACGUCGGCCAACUGCAGCCACCAGGUUCAGCAGGAGCUGUCUGGAACGUUCGCGCGCCUGUGCCACCUCGUGGACGAAUCCAUCGGCGACAUGCGAGGUGAGGUCUCUCAGCUCGACACAGAGAUAGCCGAGCUGGACGCUGUGGCCGGCUCGGCGAAAACCCUGCGGAAUAAGGCCAGCUACCUGGCCAGUCAGCUGGCCGCGUUCGCUGCCAGCUACCUGACUGACAUCAGCUAGGUACCGCUCAGUGGGUAGAGCUCAGCUCCUGGGGCAAUGUGUAGUGAGACCGUGCUGUAGUGAGAGAGGUCCUCCUGGUCAGUCCAGCUCCCGAGGCAGUGCUGUGCUAUAGUGAUCGGUGCGACGGGCCAUAUUAACUCCCUCCCUGGACGUGGUGUAGUCCCGUGGUGCUGCGAGCUGCAGUCCGGGCUGAGUGAGUCGUGGUGAAUCUGGUGGCGACCGCCGGCCCUAGUCCUUCUUUGGGUCGCCACAACAGCUGUGUGUCAGAUGUGCGAUCAUGAGAGCGAGUGAGUGACACAAGAGAAGUCCUCUAUAUUGCUUGCUUAGCUAGGCGACCAUCGCCUGUUGACUGAGCUGCACGGUGUUGAAAUCAGCGUCUGAUGGCGGUACGAACGGCUGCUCCGCUGCUACCGCGCGACUGAGGUGUGAUAUUAGCGACAGAAAUGGGCCGCCCGCAGCCGCCGCGGCGCCGCGUCACUCAUUUUUCGGCGCCGCGGCGCAGGAAUGCGCCACAGGAGAGUUGUCUGAUAAAUUUUACCGCAGGAGAUGCCUCCUGAGACAGCGGAAAGCGUGACGGCGGCGGCAGGAAUCGAAUGCAAUGCCACUGCGUUUGAAAGGGUUCAAAUUUCGUUGUAACACCUGGCCUGAACCAGUGUUUGUGGUGCUAAUACAAUGUGUCAAUA